GUGCCGUACUUCACCUACGUGGGCGUCGCCGAGCAGUCCCUCGACGACCCCCCCCCGGCGGUGGGGGCGGCGCAGGCGGCGGUGCGCGCGGCGCGGCGAGACUACCACACCUCGAUGGACAAUCUCGAGCAGAUCUCGCUCGACAUCCAGCGGGCGCAGGCGGAGGAGCGGAGGCGAGCCGAGGACGAGUCGGCAGCAGCGGCGGCGCAGUCGGCGUGGGAGGCGCUGCUCGCCGCGACGGACGUGAGCGAGGAGGCGAUGAGCGUGCCCGCCGCGCAAGCGGCCCUCGCAGUCGCGCGCGAGGCGCGCGUCGAGACAGAGCGGCUCGAGGCGGCGGCUGCCCUCAUCGAGGGCGCAGAGGAGGCGCAGCGCCAAAAGGCAAUCUCGGACGCCGUCGCGGCGGCCAAGCGGCACAUACAGGCUGCGCGCGGCGGGGCGGCGGGCGCGGCCGAGGCGCCCUGAUCGCCGGCGUGAUAGUAGUAAAUCGGGGUGCCCCCAGUGUCGCGUUAUGUUGUCAGUCAGUCGCGUGUGUGUGGCCGCGCCGACCACAAGCGCGGUCUUUUUACUUUUAGCGAAAACGU